AAAUUUUCAUAACUCCACAGACAGCGUUUCCUUCACAAGUGCAUCGUAGAGCAACGACAAUCGGACGUAUUUAUUUUAAGCCAUAUUUCAUUUUCGCUGUGAAGGAUUACAAACAAAUAAAUCACACCAGGAGUGACGGCGGACGAGGAGAGAUCCUCUCAGACAUGAUGGAGAUUGAACUGCCUAAAAUACACCCAAGCCAACAGGAUAUGGAGCUGAUAGAUAUCCUGUGGAGGCAGGACGUGGACCUGGGUGCGGGGAGGGAAGUGUUUGAUUUCAGCUACAGACAGAAGGAGGUGGAGUUGCGUCGCCAGCGUGAGCAGGAGGAGGAGAAGCGGCAGCAGCAUUUGCGGGAGCAGGAGAAAGCUUUACUCGCACAACUCCAGCUGGACGAGGAGACCGGAGAGUUUGUGCCUCGAAGCCUUCCGGCCAGCGGCGCGCUGACGCAGACCAACACAACAAAUGGAGAAAUCGCACAGAAUGGGGCUUUCGCAGCACAAGAAGGUGAUGCCCUGUCAUUCGAUGAAUGCAUGCAGCUCCUGGCUGAGACUUUUCCACUAGAUGAGCCAGCUGAGUCAGCUCCACCUUGCCUGGAUGUUUCCGUUCCACCUACCACAGAUCUUAUGAUGCCCGCAGACAUCCCAGCCUUCGCCCAGAAUCCUUUGCAGCCAGGCUCUCUGGAUCAAGCCUGGAUGGAGUUGCUCUCACUCCCAGAGUUGCAGCAGUGCCUCAACAUGCAGAUGCAGGAGACAUUGAAUAUGGAUGGAUUUAUGAAACCUUCCGGAGAAGCACAGAACCCAAGCUACAGUCAAUAUCUGCCUGGGAUGGACCAUCUCUCGUCCGUCCAGACAGAGGUGUGUCCUCCUGAAUACAUCAACACCUAUGACGGAUCCUUCAACAAUAUGGUGUCGCCCAACCUCAGCCAGAUGAGUCUGAACGUCCCAGAUGUGGGAGCCGAGUUCAGACCUGAAGAAUUUAAUGAGCUGUUUUAUCCUGAGAUGGAGGCAAAAGUGAACAGUGGCCCUCUCACAUCCGACGGAGGAAAUAUGGUCAGCCAACUGGCCGAGACUGCCAGCGAUUCUCCUGUAAACCCCAUGGAUCUGCAAAGCUUCUCACCUGGAAACUUCAGCUCAGGAAAACCAGAACCCAUUGUGGAAUUCCCAGAUUCUGAUUCUGGCUUGUCGCUAGACUCCAGUCCUCACAUGAGCUCUCCGGGGAAGUCCUUGAACGGAGAUGGAUCAUUCGGUUUUAGCGACUCUGACUCGGAAGAGAUGGACGGUAGUCCGGGAGGCACGGAGUCCGAUUAUACCGAGAUAUUCCCGCUGGUUUACCUUAAUGACGGAGCUCAGACAUCUCUCUCAGAUAAAUCCUCCGCAGAGCAGCAGGAGAUGAAAGGAAAGAACCCAAAGACAGAGCCGGUGGAAGCCAGUGGCUACUCCAAACCUCCCUUCACCAAAGACAAGCAGAAGAAACGCUCCGAGGCCCGGCUCUCCCGUGAUGAACAGAGAGCAAAAGCCUUGCAGAUCCCGUUUACCGUGGACAUGAUCAUCAAUCUGCCUGUGGAUGACUUCAACGAGAUGAUGUCCAAACACCAGCUCAACGAGGCCCAGCUCGCCCUCGUCAGAGACAUCCGCCGUCGGGGCAAGAACAAGGUCGCUGCGCAGAACUGCCGCAAGCGGAAGCUGGAGAACAUCGUGGGCCUGGAGUACGAGCUGGACUCGCUGAAGGAGGAGAAGGAGCGACUGAAGAAGGAGAAGAGCGAACGUAGCACCAGUCUGAGAGAGAUGAAACAGCAGUUGAGUACCCUGUACCAAGAAGUCUUCGGUAUGCUUCGAGACGAGCAGGGCAAGCCCUUCUCACCCAACGAAUACUCCCUUCAGCACACUGCGGACGGCACCGUUUUCCUCGUUCCUCGCCUUAAAAAGACUCUCGUUAAGAAUAACUAGCUCUGUUCCUUCUUCUCUCCUUCCACACUUGCUUCUGUUUUUUGGUACUGCUUUUCUCUUGCUAACACAGUGUCCUAACCAGGCACGACGCAAUAAAGCGACAAAGGCUCUGCCUCGUCAGUGUCCUAACCAUCCACAGGACAGUUUGUCUGUCAAAUGACUUCUAUUUGUGCAGCAUUGUGGAGGGUAGCUCCGCCCACAAUGAAAUCUCAUUGGUCCAAAUUGUUUGCCGCACAUUAAACAUCAACUAUGUUCUGAUUUGGUUCAGUUAUGUUGCAUGUAGGGUCAAGAACAUCGUCACUUAUUACGCAACUGGUUAGGACACGGUGUAAGUUUUACGCAAAAGAAACAAUUAAAUAGGAGCGUAUUUUGCUUAUACAUCAACUGUUGAAAUGGCAGAACUAUUAUAUACGUUUUGCGUAUUCUACUUUCCUAAUAUUCAUAAUCUCUGUUGGAUUUUGUACUCCUUUAUAUUUUCUCUGAGAUUCUUUGACCUAUAUGGUUUGUAAAUACAUUUAUACUUUAUUUGCUAUUGAGAUAGGAACAAAUGUACUGUAUAUAAAUAGAUCACCUUUUAGUAUGCUAAAAAUGGUUGUGAUCAUUUUAAGUCUGCACUUAUGUCAGUUUUUAUAUCUUAAUUUACUAUUCUAUUGCUAUUUUAUCUCUUGACUUUAUGGCUUUAUAUUAAAUAAAUAUUUAAACCAGUGAAGUCUGACGCAGUUUUGAAAGGAAGUUGGUUUGUGAUGACACAGUUGGUUUGAUGACGGAGUAAGGUCAGCAAAUGGAAGGAAAGAGGAAGUGCGCAUUAGGAAUAAGGUUGCAGAGUCAAAAUCGCUCAAGUAAAACUUUCACUACAUAUAAAUUAUCAAAAGAGGUGGCCUAUAUAUUUUUAGAGAAUGAUGGCACAACAUGUCUGCUACAAAAGUAAUGCUAUUCAAAAUGAAGACAAAAGUAUUGUGACACUGGAUUACUUGGAUCAUGAAGAUAUGAUGAUGUAAAGGUGGGAAAUGUUUGUGAAUACCACUUGGUUUUAUCAGAUGCAGACAUUAAUCCAGUUUAAGUGUAGCUUAAGAGUCCAAAUACUUUUUGAGGCCGCUGUUUAUCAUUCGCCAUGGCAUCAUAAUCCAUCAGAAGGUUGUUCAUUACACUAUAAACCCCAAAGCUCAAAAUACUUAAUUGGUUUGAGAAGGAUAAACUUGAGCAAAUUUGUUCAGUUAAAUGAACUGUUAUGAGUAUUUAGCACUCCUUUUCUUUUGAGUUCACAGCACUGAUUUAUUUCAAGUAAACUGAACUGUUUCAUUGUUUUGAGUUGUUUGAACUCAUUUCUUUUAAAUUUAGACUAGCUCAAGUUUAACUGAAACUUGGACCAAAGACAUUUUUUAUUUCCCAGCCAGCUUUGCCCAUGGCACUCGAAAGGGAGAACAAAUGAUAAAAUCAAGUGUUAUGUUUUUGUUUUUUUGGUGUGAGAUUUAGUAAUGAUUAAAGUUUUACAAUAAAUUACAUGUUUUAA